GUAGAGAAGAGCGGCGCGGCCCGUUUAAGAACAAGGGUGGGCCCGUUCGCCAUGCACACGCCGUUGCCGCUUUAAGGGGGCGGAGGUUAACGAGCUGCUUUUGAGUGGGCGUGGCUUAGCGCCCGGAGGGGGGGGCGGGGGCGUGUCCCAGCGCGACGGCGGCACAAAGGGGCGCGCGGCGGCGGCGGCGGCCCGAGCGCCCCGGAAGCGGAAGCGGUACCGGAGGGAGGGGGCGGGACCAACGCGGGGGGGUGUGGCCGCUUCCGGCGCGGCCGGUACCGGCAUGGCGGCGCCGUGCGGCGGCCCGGGUCCCCCCGCGGUUCCCCCCGUUGCCGCCGCCGGGCCGGGUUCGAGCGGCGGGACCGGGCCCCGCGUAUGUUUCGCGGCGGGGGAAACGGCGGAGGAGGCCCCGGGCCGGCGGCAGGGGAAGGUGACGGUCCGUUACGACCGGCGGGAGCUACGGAAACGGCUGCACCUGGAGGAGUGGAUCCUGGCCCAGCUAACGGCGCUCUACGACUGCCGGGAGGAGGAGAUCCCCGAGCUGGAGAUCGACGUGGACGAGCUGCUGGACAUGGAGAGCGACGGGGACCGCAGCGCCCGCGUCCAGGAGAUCCUGGUUGACUGUUACAAGCCCACAGAGGCGUUCGUCGGUGACCUGCUGGAGAAGAUCCGGGGGAUGCAGAAGCUCAACACCCCCCAGAAGAAGUGACGCACCCCCCCCCGAUUUUGGGGGACCCCCCAAUUCCAGGGACCCCCCCCAGCAUGGGGGGGAACCCCCCCGAUACCAAGGACCCCCCAAUUUUGGGGUCCCCCUGCAGCGAUAAUCACACACACCCCCCCCCCAGCAAUCCCCCUCCACCAGUUUUGGGGGGGCCCCGGGGGGGGGGGGUUGGGGUCCCCUCGGGUGAUUUUUUUUGGGGGGGCCCCUGGGGGG